UUACACUUUACACAGUUUCACAAUGAUCUGUCUGGUCUUUAGAAUCUGGAAGCUCAGCAAAACCACAUUACAGACUAACCUCACUAAAGACGACUGGGUUUUUUAAGCGCUGAAAAUAAUGAUAUAAACUUGCUAUGUAUGACGUUCCACACUGUUCUACAGCCUUCAUAAACAUAUCUUCCUCCCACAGCCCUGCAGAAGGUUUCCUCCACAAACUGAUAGGUUUCGUCCCUUCCACGUGAAAAAUGGAGACUUACGAUAAUGAAUUGUCCUCUCAGCAACUUAUGGAGGCCUCUGCUGAAAAGUUUAAUUACUGUGAGAGCAAGCAAGAUGAACUGCUAAAGGUGGAGAUGACCCCAUUGCAAGAUGCCAGUGGCCAAAGGGAAUGUACGGUGUUGGCCAUCACUUCUGACCAACGUCCUGUGCAAGAUCACCUAAUCUGGUCUAUAUUUAACACCAUCUACAUGAACUUCUGCUGUCUGGGAUUCAUUGCACUCAUUUUCUCAGUCAAGUCUCGGGACCAGAAGUUGAAUGGAAAGCAAAGUCAAGCCAGGCAAUACAGCACCUCUGCCCGCUAUUUAAAUAUCUUCUCCACAGUACUGACUAUACUCUGGUUCUUGAUCACAGUGUCUGUCAUCAUUUAUAAUUUUGUUCGACUGAAGGCUGCAAUAAGGAGCUUUUUUGGGCAAUAGAGUAGAAAGUGUAGGAACCAAUCAGAAUCCAUCUUUCCGACAUCAGAUCAGUACAAGAUGGAUCAUGACUGAUAUGGGCAGUGCACUUUGCACUUAUCAAUUUGCCUCUUGUACUAUUUUACUGCAUGGGCUUGAUUACACCUUUCAUAUGUUUUGAUAAAAAGAAAUUGAAAUAAAGCUUCCAAAAUGCAACCU